AAGUGCGCGCAUCGAUUUCGCUUUCGCUUCGUGCAGAGCGCGCUGGACCUCAGGUUCCACACGAGGUGCCGCGGGCUCUUCUACACAACCGUGAUCACUCUCAUACUUUUGAAUCGACACCGGAGCAUCAGUGGGCAGCAUCAGGAUAAAUACAGAAAGAGAAACGUUUCUCUGUGCGGCUGCAAAGAGUGGAACGUGUGUUUGUACCAUGACGCGCUGAAGAGGAUGACGGAGGACGGAGGCGCGCGGCGGCUGCACCUGAAGGACUGGCUCGUGCGCCAGAUCGACGGCGGCGCGUUCGAGGGCCUGAGCUGGGAGGACGAGGACAGACGGAUGUUCAGGAUCCCGUGGAAACACGCCGCCAAGAAGGACUACAAGCAGACGGAGGACGCGGCCCUGUUCAAGGCCUGGGCUGAGUACAAAGGCAAAUACAGGGAGGGACGGGACAAGGCCGACCCCACCAUGUGGAAGACCCGCCUCCGCUGUGCACUCAACAAGAGCACGGACUUCCUGGAGGUCCCUGAACGCAACCAGCUGGACAUCACCGAGCCGUACAAGGUCUAUCGCAUCCAGGAGCACGGGUCGGCCAGGCCAGUCGAGUCUCCGCAGAUGAAUGAUCGAGGGAUAGUUCUGGCUAAAGUGUCUCCGAAGAUCCUUUUGGACAAACAGCUUCAUUUUCAAAAUCUAUCAUUUCAAGUGAAUAAAGAAGAGGAACAACCAUGUACAAACGACCCGAUGAGGGAGCACAUGUACUGUGAAUCAACUGGGAGGAAAACUCAGAAUCAGAUCCCUGCUCCGCUUAACUUCUUCAACCCGGGACUUACAGUAUCAGACUUUCGUAUGCAGGUGACGUUGCUGUACCAGGGUCAGCGGGUGAUGGAAGUGACCACCAGGAGCCCGGACGGCUGCUUCAUCCUGCAGGGCCGCGUCCCGCUGGGAAGCGAGCGCAUCUACGGCCCCUGCUCGGCGCAGCAGCUCUCGUUCCCGUCGCCGGGCUCCUUGUCGCUGCCGUCGUGCAUGACCGACGCCAUGAACCGUCUCCUCUGUCACCUGGAGCGCGGCGUGCUCCUGUGGGUGGCCCACGACGGGGUGUUCAUCAAGCGCUUCUGCCAGGGCAGGGUGUACUGGAGCGGCCCGACGGCCCAGCACACGGACCGGCCCAACAAGCUAGAGCGAGAAAAGACCUUCAAGCUUCUCGACGUACCGGAAUUUAGCAGCAAGCUCCAGAGGUGUUUACAGGGCAGAGGACCGGCACCGUCUCACGAGAUCGAGCUCUGCUUCGGAGAAGAGUAUCCAGACCCCCGCGUGUCGAAGAGCAGGAAGCUGAUCAUGGCUCAGGUGCUGCCUCUGUUUGCAGUGGAGCUCUUGGAGAGGUUCAACUUGGAGGAGACGGAGGAGACGGAGGAGACGCGGUCGACUCUCAGCUCCAGCACAGCGGGAGAGAAGGUGUAGGAGGAUCUACGCUGCACGAGGGCGACCACGAACAAUAUUCAAACCCCCCCUUCCCCCCCGCCUCUGUGACUUUCUGAAGCUUCAGGCCUUUCCUGUCGUCAUCAGGAAGUAAAGUAUCGUCAGUGAUGGAUAUACGGUGAAAUGUAAACCUAUUUGCAAUACAAGAAGGAAAUAUAUAUUUUUUUAUCUCAUAUUGAUUCUACUACCGUCCACCAUGCAGCUCAACUGGUUAUCAGCUGUUCAACACAUCUGGUUCAAACCUAUAAAAACAUAAAGAAAACA